CUGGAACUUCGAAGGAGAGCUCUUUUUCGGAGAAGACAGCGUAUGUGUUAUUCAAGAUACACUUUUCCUACGUUUAUUAAAGGUUAUCGAAAAACUAUAACUGAGGAUGACAUACAGGAAACAUUUUCCAAACAUAAAUCUUCCCAUUAUGGGAACAAGGCAAUAGAGAUCUGGCAAAAUGAGGCAAAAAAUUCAAAACCGUCCCUGCACAAAGUACUAAUUAAGCUGUUAAUUUGGGAUUAUUUGCCAAUUGGUAUCGCGUACAUAGUAUUGGAACUGAUUGUUAAAAUGUUGCAAUCUGUUCUUCUUGGACAAUUAAUACUGGUUUAUUCGAUCCCCGCGAGAAGACAUGAAAUUUACAUUUACGCCGGUGGUGUCAUUUUAACUACAUUUCUGAAUUCACUUAUCUGGUAUCCGGCACUGAUGGGUUCCUACAAUACAGCUUUAAAGAUGAGAGUAAUUUGCGGAAGUCUCGUCUACCAAAAGGUGCUGAAACUUAGUAAUAGUUCACUAGAGCGAACCACGCCUGGCAUGAUCCUUAACUUAAUUUCAAAUGAUAUCAACAUGUGCGAAAGGCUUAUGAUUAUGUUGGACUACUUAUGGAUAGCACCUGCACAGACUAUUAUCACAAUAUGCCUGAUGUAUAGAGAAUUAGGAGUUUCCUCGUUGCUUGGAAUAUCGGUUCUAGUCUUGUUUAUCCCAUUAUCUUUUGUCACAGGAAGAUUAGCAAAAAGUAAUCGAAUCAAACUGUCGUUUAAAAUUGACCAUCGUUUACGUCUAAUAAAUGAGAUUAUACAAGGCAUACAAGUUAUUAAAAUGUACGCUUGGGAGAAGGCGUUUACAAAAAUGAUUUCAGAAAUUAGAAGAUUGGAGUUGCGUUUUUUAAAAAGACUGCAAUAUGUCAGAAGUGUACCAACCUACUACGUGGUCGUCUCAAAUACUGCACUAUUCCUAGCGGUUGUCUCCUCCGUAUUUCUUGGUGAGAGUCUAACUGCAAAGUCAGUGUUUAUAGUAAUAGCGCUAUUUUCAUUCAUCGGAAAGAAUUUGGGACUUUUCUUUGUAAACGCUGUGACGUUGCUUAGUGAAUUUAAUGUCGCAAUGAAACGCAUUGAAAGAUUUUUACUUAGCGAAGAACAUAAACCUGUGGAGGUCCGUCUGAAGGAAAAUAGCGCAGUAGUGAUUAAAAAUGGCGGACUGGAAUGGAGCAGUGGAUUAACAAAGUUGGAGAUUGACAUAAAGUCGGCCGAUCUAACAGCGAUCGUUGGCUCGGUGGGCAGUGGAAAAAGUUGUUUACUGAACGUUAUCCUGGGCGAAAUACCGUUACAAACUGGAUGUGUCGUUGUUAAUGGUAGAAUAAGCUAUGCAUCACAAGAGCCUUGGAUAUUUUCAUCAACAAUCCGCCAAAAUAUUCUAUUCGGUAGCGAGAUGAAUGAAGCGCGCUACAGUGCCGUGGUUCAGUGUUGUGCGCUUGAACAAGACCUAAAAUCAUUUCCAUAUGGAGACAUGACGACCCUUGGAGACCAUGGAGCUGCACUAAGCGGAGGACAAAAAGCAAGAAUUAACUUGGCCCGAGCUGUAUAUCGAAAGGCGGAUAUUUACUUAUUAGAUGACCCACUUUCGGCGGUCGAUACCCACGUCGGAAAACAGAUUUUCAAAAAGUGUAUUCAGGAGUUCCUCCUCGACAAGACAAUUAUUCUUGUUACGCACCAGCUGCAAUAUUUAAAACACGUAAACCACAUCGCGGUAAUGGAAGGUGGAUCGGUAGUAAUGAAAGGAACAAGAAGUGAACUUGAAAAGUCGGGAUUUAACUUUGCAAAAUAUUUGACUGAGGAGAAUAGUCAUCCACAGCAUCAACCAAAAGAUCAAAGUAGUGAACCGAAAGUAAACGACACUGCACUACGGAAACCCGAAAUGGUGCAAAAUAGGCAAGAGAAAAAACUUAUAUCGUUAUCUACGUACAAAGAUUACUUUUUCGCGUCCAAAAGUUGUGUACUUAUUUUAGUUGUGCUCUUGGUACUAUUUUUGGCAGAACUCACGUCAACUGGAUCUCUUUACCUUCUGACUGAUUGGGUUAACAUGGAGGAUUCCAAACAAUCUUCAAACAUUGAGAACGAACGGAAUAAUCACAUUCUGAAGUAUAGUGGGAUGACAAUUGCUUCUAUUGUAUUUUCUGUUCUAAGAUGCAUUACCCUCAUUGUCCUCUUUAUGCGAUCGUCUGAAGUCUUACAUGACAAAUUGUUUAGUAAUGUGGUACACGCUACGAUGGAUUUCUUCCAUUCAACUACCUCUGGAAUGAUACUUAAUCGGUUUUCAAGAGAUAUGGGUACCGUAGAUGAAAUGCUUCCAGUUGCCAUAGUGAUUGCCUCGCGAACGAUUUUUAGGAUUUUCGGAAUUCUUACCAUGAUAUGCUUUGUUAACCCAUUGUUUUUAAUUCCUACCGUCGUCUUGAUGGUGAUCUUAUAUUAUUUGAGAAAGUUUUAUUUAGCUACCAAUUUAAAUAUAUUACGAGCCGAAGGAAAUGUGCGUGGACCUCUUUACACCUACAUGAACACUACCAUUCAGGGAUUAUCAACGAUUAGAGCCUUUGGAAUGCAAGAUAUACUAACGAAACAGUUCCAGCGUCACCAAGACGUCCACGUCAGUGCAUUACAUAUGGCGUAUUCGACAACAAGAGCAUUUUGUUACUGGGUGGAUCUUGUUACGGCUGGAUACAUUACGGCCCUCACCUUGUAUUAUGUAUUUGUAAUCGACUCCUACGCCGGUAACGUCGGGCUAGUAAUAUCACAAGCGAUGAAUUUGAUGGCACAACUAACCGUUGCUGUCAAAAAUAUCACUGAUAUAGAGAACCAUAUGAUCUCAGUAGAACGAAUAUUAGAGUACGACUCUAUUGGACAAGAAGGACAAGAAAGUUCUCGAAAUAUGUUACCAGUAACCUGGCCAAGUAGUGGGGAAAUUAGGUUUGAGAAGGUGAAUGUUAAAUACGGAAAAACCGAUCCGAAUGUUUUAAAGGACUUGACCUUUUCCGUUGAACCUCUGCUCAAAAUUGGAAUAGUGGGCAGAACUGGCGCCGGAAAAUCGUCACUAAUUAAUGCGCUGUUUCAACUGGUCCACACUGAAGGAAAGAUCCUUAUUGAUAACAUAAAUAUAUCGACGAUUGGCUUGCAUGAUUUGCGCAAAAGUAUUUCGAUCAUUCCCCAAAAUCCGGUUGUAUUUUCGGGAACCCUGAGAUACAAUUUGGAUCCAGCAAAUGAGUACCAGGACGAAACACUGUGGAAGGCGUUGGAGGAGGUCGGACUGAAGACAUUUGUGCAAAAUUUACGAUUAGAAAUAUCGCAAACUAGUUCCAACUUCAGUUUAGGUCAACUACAGCUGAUAUGUUUGGCGCGCGCUCUUUUGCGAAACAACAAAAUUUUGAUCUUGGAUGAAGCAACUGCGAAUGUCGAUCUUGAAACGGAUGAGAUUAUACAGAAAACCAUUCGUAGAAUAUUUUCAAAUUGUACAGUACUUACUAUCGCCCACCGUUUAAAUACAGUUAUGGAUUCGGAUAAAAUACUGGUUAUAGACUCGGGUGUGGCAGUUGAAUAUGACCAUCCCCAUCUAUUGUUACAAAACCAAAAGGGAACGUUUUAUGGUAUGGUUCAACAGACAGAAUCAGCAAUGAUAGAAACGCUCAAGAAUGUUGCUUUGGAGAACUUUGAACGUAGGUUGAUAAAAGUGGAUACUGAAGCUAAAUCCUGACCAGAAGAUCCAAGUAGCGUAUUAACACCGUUUUUGGUAACCUCGUGAAAUGUGUACAAUUUGUAUAAACUUAUUAUAGAGUCUUUGGCGAAGAGUUAGUUUUACAAAAUAAACUGCAAUUUGUAAUGCAAAAUACAGUAAAUAAAUGAAAUAACUACUUUUUAUAACUCAUUAGUCAUUACGCAUUAAUUGAAAAUAAAGUUUUUUUUAAAUGAA